UAGCUGACGACAGGCUAUCAAAGGUCUAGCCAACACGUUAUGGGCGAGAGUACACGUGUCUUCUUGAUGUGUGCCGUGUUAGGGUUCAUUGUACAACAUAGGCCAAAUUGGGCAUUGACAUGUAGUAAAUAUGUCAAAAUCUAGCUAACAACUGUCUUGGAAAUGCCAUCAACAAAAGUUAAAAAGGAAUCUUUAUGUUUGUGGCAAUGUCUGGAGCACAGCCACUGGAAGACUUGUCCUGACAUGUUCUUUAGAAUAGGCCGAGCUUUCCGGCUCUAAUUUGGCAUGACCGGCAUGGAUGGUAACAAAUUCCCACAUCAGCUAUUUCCCAGUUUUUACAACACCGGGCCUCCGAACGCAAAAUCUAAUGUCAAAUCUGGAAGCUGGGGACUCUACAAUCAGGCGUUUGAAGUCAAUCACUGCCUGUCGGAGAGUGAUCCUGGGCAGUUGGCUGACUGGAAGUUUGAUACUCAGUGCAAAGUGAAGGGAGAGACAUGGAAGGCAGUAGAACCUAUGCCUGUUCCUUUGAUGGCACCGAGUAAAGCACACGGGAGUGCUUCUGGUCCUGUCCCAUCUGCAGCAGACUUCCCAGAACAUAUGCAGAACUUUUACUUGGAGAACUAUGAGGAUGCCUUCAGCACUAUGAGCAGUGUUCUUGGAGAACACUUCCAUUUUGGAGAGAGAAGGUUACGGGCAUCUGCAAAGAAGAAUACUGUCCACAUGAGCAGGAUGAAACAUUUUCUAAGUACAGUGAAUUAUAGAAGGUGUCCAUUAACAUACUUUGGAAAGGGAGCCAGACGCUACAUGAAUCUGCUUGAUGACGUCAUCCACGACAUCCCACCUUUUCUCUUGGCUGAAUUACUCCGCGAAGAGUUGCUGCUGCAGUCGGAGCGCGCGCAGUUCAACGAAGUGGCCACCGGGGGUGCUCUAGGAUACUUUCCGGUCCGAGUGUCCAACGGCUCUCAGGAGGGCUGUCUCGUGUUUCCAGAAGAAACCUCCCUCAAAUUCCACAAGGUGGUGCUGGACUUUGACGAAGCUCAGGUUCCCCGGCUCCGCACAGGCAAUUCUCCGCCUCUCGUCACCGAGCUCAGUGGCGCAGUACGACAGAUCAGUGUCGGCGACAUGCAAGAAAACGUCCACGUGGGUGUGCGCUCGGACUACCACUGUGGCGUCUGGCUGGCCUCCCCCCAGAGGAGAGUGAUGCCUCUGGAGACCAUCCGGACAGAGCGGGUUGCCACGUGCAUCUGCGUCAGUCCCCAUAUCCCUGGAGAGCUGCUGGUGGCGAGUGAGAAUGGAGCGGUCUAUCUCUGGACUGUAGGAAAGGGCUUGUCGAAAAUCCGUGAAGAAGAGGAAAACCUGUACUUUAAUGCCCAGUCCUCAUGGCGAUGGUGUGACUUCUCUGCCCACCCAAAAGUGAUUCAGUUCACUGACCGAACCGGAAUGGAGCUUACAGACACCAGGUCCUCAGACAAGUGCAGCUACACUCUAUUUCGCAUUGGAGAAACUCCCAACUGCAAGAGUGGGGAGAGGGUGAUCUUGUCCAAGUACCUGAAUGACGUCAAUGCUUAUCACCACCUCGUCACCACUCAGCAUUCUGCUUACAUCAUGGACGAGCGCCUUCCCUGUCUGCCCAUGCUCAAGUGGGACCACAUGCUGGUGGAUCCGCCCCUGUUCACCCAAGUCCUGGCUGGCUCGCCACAGGGCAGAACCAACAAAGUGCUACUGGGUUCCCAGCGAUCCCAGGAGCUGAUGUUCCUGCAGUACUCUGGAGGUGAAGAAGCGGCCUGCCGUUCUAUGGGACCUCCACUGAAACUGCCCUGCCUGGCUGAUGGCCUGGGCAGCCUCCGCCUCCAUGUUCCCCACAGACUCCAGCAGGCACGGGACCGGCUGGGGGAGCCCACUGCCGGUUUUACAGCCAUACACCACAACAAGACUGAGGAGUGUCUGUGUGUGCUGCAGCUCUCUGAAACUGGGGACAUUUUUUACCAAACUCUGACACUCCAACCAGCCCAGGACAGCACAGACACACAACAACCAAGGGAUUCCACAGGGGGUGAUGAGGAACACAGUGUGACCACAGAUAUCUCAAAUGCUUCGCACAACAGUGGACGAUGUUCUGGAGGUGUAUCCACGAGUGAGGGAGUUGGAACCUCUCGCUGUGACGUGGAGCUUAUCAGUGAUGAUGAGCAUAUAGCUAGAAUUUCCAAUACUGAGAUGCCCAGUAGGGACGAGUGUUCUGCCAAUCAGACAGGCUCCAGUCUCAGACAAGACCCGAUGAAGAUACAGGUGGUCAGCAAGGAGGUCCCGUCGAAGUGGGACUGGUGGCUGAAGGCUCUUUUCGAGAGUCCGAGGCCCACCUCAGAAGGAGUCCUCUCCCAUUGGACCAUGAAAACCAAAGGCCUCAUCUCCUGUCAGGCUCCCGGGAGAAACCCUCCAGAGGAAGACCAGCUCCGGAGAUUGAGGGAGGAUUUGCAGGAAGCGAUGAAGAGGAAGGACGUGCUGGUGCACGGUGAAACGCGCCUGCGACGUCUCGACGCGGUCCCCCUGCCCGACCCCGUCGCCACCGCCGACUGGAGCGACAACUUGAGCCAGAGGCUGUCGGUGUCCUGGGGAGGACGCUGGAAGAGCUGGUGGGAGGACAAACUGGGGAUGAACCGGCAGGAGAAGGUGGCAGCCCUGCGCAGGAAGCGGCAGCGGCAGAAACGGGCCCGGGCCCACUGGCGGGUCGGCCUGUCCGAGAGCUUCGCCUCCUCCCUCAGCCUCCAGUCCGACCUGGACAACCUGUCGGGCUGGUCCUCGGGCCCCAACAGCCAGGGCGCCUGCUCGGAUGUGGAGAGCAUCUCCACUAAUCCCUCCGUCCCCGACGCCUUCCCGCUGCCCGAAAGGGCCAAGGUGUCGUCGACCCAAGAGAGCAGGUGUGAGGUUUCGCCGCUUGCCACGCUGGAAACGGCGGACGGCCUUCCUGACCGGUUACAGCCGACACCCAGGAAGGCCAGAAGGCCAGAGAAGGACUACCUCAGCUCCUUGUUUGGGUCUCGGGGACCGUCGGAGGGGCACGAGGAUAGCGGACUGCCACCGCUUCUCGCGUCCUGCUCUCAGGGCUCUGCCAUUUCCCUGUCCCAGAGGAACCCCUGUGUGGCUGCGUCUAACAAGGGUUCCACGUCCUCGCAGCCCCGAAAGAAAAGGCCACGAAUGGGCUUCUGAUCGCUGGAAAGGAUGGACCUUUGGGACCUGGGAAACGGGUGGCUAAGCUGGAAGCAGUUGAGCAAGACCUCAGCUAAGGACAUUUCUCGGUAGGAUGUAACUCGUCAUUGGAACAUAUUGCACCAUGUAAGAGUCGCAGUGCAAGACAGGGCUGGUCUAACAGGCGAGGUGAACAGCAGUGACGUGUUAAACAUACGUGAAACUCCCUGCAUAUUUGGGGGUGGUUUCCUUAGUAAUCAUGACCAGCAGCCUCACAAAGACAAGUACUUCAAAUGAAACCACUGAACAACAUUUUAGGAAUUCCCUAAACAUUACACACAUUAGUCUACGUCUGUUGGGGAUUUUCCAACUUGAGGCAAAGUCCCCUCCCGGUCCUUACUGUCAGUUUUAUUUUCGUUUUUUGCCUGGACAUUUUCAUAUCCUGCUUUUCAGACUGUUGUGCAUUUUUGUUUUGCGUUUUGAGAUUUUUGUUUUGCUUUUAGACUUUUUGAUUUCAUUACCUGGCACUUUCAUCCCAGCCCCCCUCGGGAAUGGUUGGCAGUUCUGGGACGCUGUAGUAGCUGCGGUGUAGAUUCUGUGCCGUUCGACUGGACAGGAUCCACACCAGUUUCUUGUUGUCUGGCUUACUGCAUUCGGGCGAAGAGUAAUCCGUCAUGCACUUGGCCACUAACUCCCUCCAGUACAGGAGCUCCCCGUCAGCGAUCUGGAAAGACCAACAUGCAUCAUAACAUUAGACACCCCAGUUGCGUUACAUAAUCCAUGUGGGUCAGCAGAAACUUUUUGGGACGACUCCCAACUGUAAAAGAUAGCAUGCAACGUAUCAAUGCCUCCCAAUUUUCCUUUCUGUAAUAAAUCCUAUCGCUUCAGAGUACUUGGUCCAUAAAAUGCAGGAGGUAGGUCAAAUGCUUGUGUUCUGUGAACUUUUCUAAAUCUGCUUGCCAAGUGUACUCCAAGUUUAUUUGAAUAUUAAUGGAUAAUGCAUUUUGUACUUUAAGCUGUAUUGAAUGCUUAUUAUUAUGGUC